AUGGCGUCGCAGUCAAGUACAACCGACAAGAAAAUUGAGGUUUGUAGCUACAUUUCUUUUGUGAUGCUAAUUUCAUUUCAUCUGUUUCUGAUUUACAAGGCAAACUGUUCUAUUUUGAUAAUCAGAGCAUGCACUAUGCAAGUGUUUUGUUAUAUAUUAAAUACUUAAAUGUUGUAGUAGACGAAUGUGUCUAUUUAUAUAUAUAUAAUUACUAUAAAAAAAGAUCGCGUACAAUGGUAAAGAAAGGAUAAUUAUAGCAUUACAAUAAUAAAAGGGAUUGCUACAUUGAGGCACAGAAUGAGGGUAGGAAACUAGGAAAGUAAUUAUUAAUAAAGCGAUUUGUUUAUACGGUUACAGUAACGGUUUGCAUGUCGUUUAUAUAAACUACAGUUUCAUACUUGCCAAAUACAAAAAUAUACAUAUUCACGUUUUUAAACGUCCAUGGGGGCUAUUGUCCGGGUGGAGUGAGGGCCGGGAUCAUAAUAUUUACAAAUAAGGGUUACACAUUCACAUGUGGUCCAUACCAAGUCUUUCAGGCAGGCUAGUUCACCAAAGCUCCGUGCUAUAUUAAAUAGCAUAAUAUGAAUAUAUUUUAUCACAAACUUGAAAUUCGCACUUUUGUGAACAAGUUUCACAGUUGUUACCUGAUAUCAGAGUCUGAUUUCCCCUCACAGAAAAAAUAAAGCUUUGCCAUUUUUGUGUUUAAUUUCUGUCAAGCAUGCUCUGUUUCCAGUAUUAUGUCAAAACAUGUCAAAAGUCAAAAGAUCACUUGUAUUUUUAGAAUGACUGCUAAAUUUAGAGAACCAUUCAAUUGCGUGCAUGCAACUUUAUAGUGACCGAAAUUUUGUUGACAAUAAGCAUAUGAAUCGCUUAAAUAUACUGAAAAGUAACGCAAGAUAAAAUAAACUAGCAAGUUAGAAAUUGUACAAAUAUAGUAAUAGUUUGAUUUCACAAUUAACCGAAUAGUGACAAAGCUAUCGAUUUGAAAGUGUUUUUGUAUUUUAAUAUAUUCUCGUAAAUUGUAUAGCAUGUGCAGUUGCGCGCGCCCAUCGUGUAGCAAUAACAUAAAGUUUUACAUUUUGUAUACCCUAUAUAUAUAUAUAUUUAUAUUAUAUAGUCAUAGAGGAUAUUACACGGCGGUGUGGAAAUAUGACUUUUUAUCUUCGAGUUGUGAAAACAAUAUUUUACGAACGAGCGUAGCAAGCGAGUAAAAUAUUUUUUUUAACACGAGAAGAUAAAAGUCAUUUUUCAAGCCAACGGUGACUUCCCACUAGUCCGAAUGUUCACUCUUCGGAGGUUCACUACUCCGAAAGUUUACUAGUCCAAAACAUAUACGCUGAUUUUUUUCGUACCUGCAUACAUGCACGGAACAAUUUAAAUCCACUUGAAAGUCUUUUGUACACUUAAGAAAUAAUUAAAUGAAUGAAAGGAUAGCAUUUAGUUUUGUGUUUGAUUUUAAAUGUAUUUUUUAAGUAAUUAUAGUACUUAUACCAGUAUACAAUUUAGAAAGAUUUAUAAACUUUUCCGAGUGCAUAUCACUGAUCUGAAAUGAGACUUGAUAACGCAUCUAUAGUAUACAAAAGUGAAGCCGAAAGUCACCAGCCGCCACCCGAUUUGGGGCCCCACUUUUGUAUAGAUUUGUAUUACCGAUGGUAGUUUUUCGCGUUUUUUGCCUUGGUUACGUUUAUGAACGGGCCAGUUUACAAUCAUUUACGAGCAAAAAAUUUAGAGUAUUAUGGCUUUAUAACCCCGCGAAACGGGAUUUACAACUCUGAAGUAGUGGAGAGCCUCAUACUUUGUUUAUCAACAUGAGCUCGUUUUGCUACUUUCAUACAAAAUCAACUUAUUCUCAGGAAAUUUGAAGAAAUGAAGCAGCUACAUUGGGCAUAUGGUAAAACGCGGACUGGACUGGACUGGUAAAACGCGGACUGGACUCGAUUGGUAAAACGCGGACUGGACUCUAUUAGUAAAACGCGGACUGGACUCUAUUAGUAAAACGCGGACUGGACUCCAUUAGUAAAAUGCAGACUGGACUCUAUUAGUAAAACGUGGACUGGGACCACAAUUUCGUGCCAAAAUUCGACCAAAAUGGCAGCGAGCUUUAAAAUCCCAACAAGUCUAAAAUGAAAGGCAAAAAAGGAACCAGAGUUGCCAAAGUUUGAGUGGAAACCUUUCGAAAAGAAAAUAACUUGGGUUGCGGUACGUUUGGGUCCGUAUAACUAGGAAAAUACAAAGGAAAACCAGAAAAGUGGUUACCAAAAAGAAUAAUAUUGGGUCCAUUGACUCGAAAUCCUGUUUCGUGAAAGAAGCCGCACUGUUGAACAAUACAAAAGGCCAUAGGAACAUAAUCCGGUUCCUUGGAUUUUGUGAAGAACUGUACUCAAUAACGAUGGAGUAUUCUUGCUUCGAUUUUCGCCCGUUUGGAAUUGCGUAGACGACGAGUUUGACUUUGCCUCCUUCGCAGACUUGCUUCCAACAUGUGCCAAAGAUGUUGUUGCAGGUUUGAAAUAUUUGCACAGCAAGAAUAUCGCUGAUGAGUUCUGUUCAUAAUUUUGAUCAGCAUUUAAUAAAUAUUAGAAAUUAAGACAAUCUCUUUGCACUACUUAGUUUUGAUUGGAAUGCAUCAACAACGGACAACUUGCAUGUUAGAUUAAUUUAUGAUCUAGGCAAAAGAAAGUAAAUUCCAUGUGGAGUGUGGAGCCAGCUUGAUUGAUCUAUAUGGUGACAAGAGAAUGUAAUUAUCGUAAGAGAAUGUAAUUUGUAUUGAGCUGAUAGAAGAACCCUUUUAUACAAUUUAUCUUGUUCUAAUUAAUAUAAACUAAACUCUCGACUUAUAGUGACCAUGAAAAUGGCUCAGAAGCAAGUACUCUGUCACAGGUAUGGUAUGUUUAAUGUUUUACAAUAAAUAUUUACCUCUAUUAACCGGGCGCUUUUCGUUAUUUCGCUUCUCUCCUUCCAAAACAGCGAUUCUUCGUCUCACUGGAAAAAAGUACAUACAUACAUACAUACAUACAUACACACAUACAUACAUACAUACUUUAUUGUAUUCCUCAAAGAGGCUUUUCAACACUAAUUUACAUGGAAUGGUGAUUAAUAAACAAAGUUAAGAUUACAUAUUUAAAAAUUUACUAGGAAAAAUCUUCUAUUAUUAAAAUAGUCCAUUAGGCAUUACUAAGAAUACAGUCUGUCUAACAUGUCUUUCUUUAAUUUAUUCUUAAAACUUCUCAAAGAUGGCAUUUGUUUCGUGUUAUUGUCCAGAUCAUUCCAUAGUUUCGCCCUUCUAUAAUGAAAUGUUCUCUGGCCAGUGGUGGUAUUAUAAAUCGGUAUUUGGAGGAGCUCUCGGUUACGAGUGUUACAUUCAUGUAUAUUUGUUCGUUUACUAAAUUUAUUGCACAAGUAAGGUGGGGCUAGAUUGUUAAUACACUUGUACAUAAAAACUGUAUCUCUAAAAAGAAAGUGUUCAUUAACUUGAAGCCAAUUCAGGUCUCGCAGUUUUGGUGAGAUAUGAUGGAACUUCUUGCUGUUUGUCACGAUCCUGCACGUGAAGUUUUGUACCAGUUGUAGCUUGUUAAUAUUUUUGUCCAAAAUAUUGAACACCGAGGAAAUUUCGUGUAUUUGUAAUUUUCUAAUAAAAUUAUACAUUUGUCUAAUAUAAAGAACAAUUUCCACCGUUAAUGUGGUACAGUAUGCCAUGGAGCUAUUUCAUACAUUAUUCGAAUUAAAAUAAAUCUUAAUUAUCAUUUGUUAUAUCAACUUUGCACUAUCAUUGGGAUCUCUGAGUUCAUAUCUGAAAUCAUUUCCUUGUUGCAGGGAACGUUCCCGUCGGAAACCUACAGACGACAAAUGCGACAGCUGGAGCGAAUGAGAGAAGUAUUAGCCGAAGACGAAGAACCAUGUAAUAUACAGUUUUCAACUAUACUGUCAUAGUAGAAAAUCCUUUUUGCAUAGAACGCAUUAAAACUUGGUCCGAAAUCGAGAGAAACCGAAAAAAAGUUCCUUCAGCAAGUAGGGCGAGUGUUCACAUGGAGUUUCACGUUUCUUUCAUACGGACAAAAUAUUAGACAUACCCAUUCAAGUUUAUUUUUUGUACAUUACAUUUUAAAUUGCUUUUGAAAUUUUGACUUCAAUUAACUUUAAAAUUUGGAAUUUUAUAAAUGUUUAAUAGGAGAUUUGGUAUUUCGAAAAUGGACAUUGGACCUUCGAAUAUAGAUUUUCGACCCUUGACUCUUUAGUCUCGAUACUUGACACUAAUUUUACUUCUUUAUUCUAUACCUUUAACUUUGUUUUUAGCUACAUCACAAACAGAUGAAAAUCAUGAUGACAAAAAUCUUCAGAGCGUUCGAGAGGUUCAUGUUCGACGAGCGACGAUCGUCGAUGAUGUAUUGAAUCAGUUCAGGGAUCCAACAAUGUUGCGUUGUAGCCUAGCGGUGACGUUCAAUGACGAAACGGGCCUUGAUUUUGGUGGCUUAACUCAAGAACUUUUCAGUACGUUUUGGGAUGCAGUCUGGGAUAGGUAUUUCGAAGGAGAAACAGCAAAGGUGUCAUUUGUUCCUCCGCAGUCCAUAGCUAAUAGUAAAGCUGCAUUUAAAGCUAUUGGCAGAGUUCUUGCGCAUGGAUGGGUACUAACAAAGCAAAUUCCAAUCCUCUUUUGUGAAGCUUCCCUUAUUGCUGCCAUUCAUGGUGAAGACAAAGUGACGGACGAGAUAUUGCUGAGAUCAUUCCACUUUUACAUCAGCCAGUUCGAAAGAGAUAUCUUGCAGCACGUUGCCAACGGUGACAGCAAACAGCCUCGUGUUGUGGACAGUCUGUGGACCAUCUACACACGUUUUGGGAUGACCUGUUCGCCUGCUCAAUCUCCGGCUCAUCUAAAGGAACAUAUGAUCGAAAUGGCAAGAUCGGAAUUCCUGUUCAAGCCUAUGGUUCUUUUGCAAUGGAUAAAGGAAGGAAUUAUGGAAUCAGAUAUGCAACUUGUUUCCGGUCAGCUGUCUUUGGAAAGAAUCCAGAAAUUGUAUGAAGAUCUACCACCGUCAAAUGAGAAGGUACUGCAGAUGAUAACGCAUAAAGAGGAUGCCCUCUGAAGUGGUCAGCAACGUGUUAUGGAUUUUUUGAAACUAAGCGUUGGUAACAUGGAUGAAAAGCUCCCAGCCAAAUUUUUACGAUUUGUUACAGCAUCCACAGUAAGUCCACAAAUUAUAGUCCAGUUCAACGCAGCUACUGGUGUGAAACGUGCUCCUUCAACAUAUACGUGCUCAAACACUCUGAUAUUGCCUACGACGUAUUCUUCUCUUGGAGAAUUCAAGCGGGAACUAUACGCAAUACUUGGACACGAUGAAUCUUUUGAUUUCAUGCUGCCAUAGUUGGACAGUCAUAUGACAUUGAACAGUCCGUAUAUGCGUUAUGCAUACCAAACGAUUGUUGAGUUAUAUAACUGAUAUACUGUAUAACUGUUGUUAAACGGUCCCAUAUAUGCGUUAUGCAUACCAAACGAUUGUUGAGUUAUAGGCUAUAACUGAUAUAUAACUGUUGUUGAACGGUCC